UCACUAGUCAGUACCGCCGACAGGCCGACCGCGGACGGCCGACGCCGGGGCCCUACUCCCGACCCCUACUGCAGUCGUCAGUUUAGCGCGCGAACUCGAAACGUGAAGACGUCGCUCCACCAGCUAUGUAGAGCCGCUAUUUGGACAAGUGUGAAGUUGAUUGUCUCGUGUGAUACAACCCGUUCGACUCGGAAUUAUGUUUGAAUUAAACGCAUUUAUAAAUAAAUGAGUGCUUUUACUACUUGAGACUAGUGUUAUCGUGUUUUAUUGGAGUUUUCUUUGUGAUUUAUAUAAGAAUGACGCCUCAAGAGGAGCGUGAGAGCGCUCGCGGGGCGGAGAUUGCGGACGCCUUCGAAGACGACAUGUUCGGACCGCCGCGGACUGAACCCGCUGCCAGGCCCAAACUGUCCAUGAUAUCGGCCAGGCUUCGAGCCAACGAGGAACGAAAACGGGUCAUCGAGAUCUGUUCUCAGAAGCUGGAGAACAUCGAGGACCCGGCCAGAGAUCUCAGGCGGUCGGUCUGCAUCAACAAUACGUACUGCAGACUGAGCGAGGAGGCGAGAAGGGAGAAGGAGGCGAGGAGGCGACGGGCGAGGGAGGAGUGCGACGACUCCUGGAUAGGGAAGAAGGCGCGUCGGGCGGUGGAAGACGAGUGUCUGGCGCUGCUGGACGCCAUCCCGGAACUAGGGGAUGCGAACCUUGGCUGCGCUCAGCUCGCGAGGCAGAUGCAGGAGGGCUCCAGGCAGGACGGCCUGCUACCGGCCGGUCUGCUCACGGUGCUAGACUCAUGACCUCGUCGGCCGCUGCACUCCUCGCUGUGAUGUCAGCCCGAGUGAAACCCGCGGCGCUCAGUCACCGGACGCGUCCUGAACCAGCUCGCCCGGAGCGCCCGCCCCCCGGACACGACCGCCUCACACCACGGACGACGUUCGGCCCGAUACGUUGUUUAAGUACUUACUUUGUUAGCGUGUUUUUAUUAUUUAGUGAAAGUUGCUCAGGCGGCGCUGCGGUCCAGCGACUGGCCGGGGAGCGCCUCCGUCACCGACGGAGCCGUGUGUCGUCCGAUGAGUCCCUGGUGAUGAUGAUGAUGAUGACCAUGAUGACGUCACCGACGGUCACGAUGAGAUAGGUAGCGGGGACGUCGGAGUAGUGUUAAGACAUAAUCGUAAUUGCAUUAUUGUACUAUAAAUAAUUAAUUAAAUGAAUUCGUGAUUAAGGUAUAGUGCAAAAUAACUGGGAACGGUCUCGUGGAUGAGAGGAUAGUUUAACGGGACACGUAAUAGUUGUGCGUCACGCCUCGGACGCGUCGUCGUAGUUAGCGUUCUCCACCUGAAGAGACAACAAGUAGGUUCAUUGCGAGUUUCGCUACCGAUAAAAUUUGAAAGUAAAAGCCGAGCGCCUCACCCCGCGAACGACUGUUACAGCUCGCACAACAGCAGACACUCUGCGCUAUAGUGUAUGUAUAGAGCGUAUGUCGCACACCGUGUUACAGAUUGUAACGAAACAAAAACCUCAUAAGUGAUGACGUGUGUCCGAUCAGACGAGCGUGUGCAUGUGACCUUACUCGUGUAAAUGGCGAGCCGCAAGGCCAACGUUGGCCCAACGUCGCCAGUCGGGCCAGCGAGCGUUUUAAUAAGUCCGAUACAUACAGCGCCUGUUAUUAAACUAUUUUUAUAAUUUGUAUAUAUUGUUUCUUAUGUUACCUUAUCUCACAAUUUACGCUUUGUUACCAAUAUGAUAUAUGAUUGGUUGAUUAUUCUAUCAUUACGUACUUAUGUUGUGUACGACUGCACGUUCUACGUGUACAAGUGUGUUGUCGCUGAUAAUUUAUUUUAGUUGAAUGAUUCUGUUCGAACGUAACGGUAUGGUUAUUUCGGUUGUGCAAUCAGAUUCGGUUUUAUCGUGGGAUGGAGGUAGCCGAGUUAUUUUACUGAAAUCUUAAUUGGCGCAAAAUAUAUCGGGAGUAGCCCGUUUCGCCCCUUCUGAAUAGUAAAUAGGUACCUUGAGGAGCGAGGGAGAGACGGGGGAGUGUAGGAGAGGGGGAGGGGGAGGUAGGGAGAGCGGAGGAGUAGCGAGGAGUAGGGCGAACCGUUCCCAGCACCUCCUGUGAUAUUAGCCUAGCCUCUAUGUCGUAUUUGUAUUUGUGCUAGUUUUUCAUCCGACUUUUUUGGAUCUAAUGCUGUAUAGUGAACGCUUAAGAAAAAUUGAUUCCUUUCCUAUAUAUCGGCCAUUUUAUACGGAUUAACCGGUUUUUGGAGUCGUAUACCCGGCGGUAGUGCGUUUAGAUGUUUUCGUCACUGUAUUAUAAUGGAUGUAGUCUAAUUUGUUUUGUAUGGAGUUUGUACGUGUAUAAGGAUGUAUUAUAAAAGUUAAGCGGCUUGUGAAACAUGCACGGAGUGAUUCCGAUGUUCGAUGAUGAAGAAUAAAUAAUAAUGGGACCUAUGGGAAUAGAAAUGUUGAGGAAGUUGGUCGGUAACAUUUUUACAAGCGAUGUUGCACCCCUUUUCAACCAACGGAAACAAUUAAAUGAAAGAGUGGGACGAAUAUAGUGCAAUUGCCGAGACCUGACUGCCUUCCUGAAUAUAUCCCCACAACAGCAGGCUUAGAAUUGACUGCCUUCAGAUUAUUAUACAUAAAACGUGUUAACUUUUGAAUCAUUUCAAUAUCCUAUACGGAACAGUCAAGUGCCAUCUCGAGACGUUGCAAUUUAAUAAACGCCAACAAAGAAAUAUUGUAUUCAAAAGAUCGGUUAAUAUUAAGCCUGCUGGAAUAAUUUUCGUUCAGAUGUAUCUCUAUUAAUAAAACUUAACGCACAUGUAUAAUUAGAUUAUAAUUUCACGAUUUACAAAAAAAAAUUAUGUCAAAAUACAUAAAUGUUAAGAUCGCCCCUUUAUUCUGUCUCGGGCGCCAAGGAGUCCGAAUAUUAGUAGAGAAUGCUGUUUAUGAAUAGUACAAUUAAAUAUAUCAUUUUAUGAUUUCAUAAAUGUUUAUAAUUCAUAGCACAAUGAUAAGGUCGAAAUAUUGUUGGAAAUAUUUUUUUUUGAUAAAAAAUAAAAAAAUGUUCGUACUUAAUCAAUUUUUAGAUUUCUUCCUCAUUUUAUUCCUUUUCAGAUUUGGACGGAUUCUUAUUCUAUAUUUUAUUAUGUAAAUAAAAACAAAUUUAUAACAAUCGUAUAAUUUGAUAAUCUUUUCUCACAAAUCACAAAAAGCUUCUAUAAUACAAAGCCGUUAUUAUUCUCUGGAUCCUCCUACCAACUUCAUUCCGGUAACUCGACUCUGAUGACUAACACUCAAAUCAUUAUAAACGAUUUUAAUACUAAAAAUGUUAGUCACGCAGUUGGGAAUAAAAAUAAUCGCAAAUUGUACGGCCAUUCCGACUCCGGGCUACGGGCUUUGUCUCAAAUGAAUAAAAUGUUUGUUUUCUAAUUAAAAUACCAAAAGAAUACAA